UCCAACUCGCAGCUUCCCAGUCGCGUGUGAUACGGACCGUGCUCUCGGAAUUUUCUACUCUAGUAGCGUGUGAACAACAGCAGUAGGGGGUGAGCAUGCGCCACAUCCAAAGCCUUUUGGUCGUAAGACAACAGUCGGGUCGGCUGGCGACACUAUCAACGACAAACGACCACCAAAAAGAAAAGUGAUUUUCUGGAAAACUGCUUCCUGGGGGCGCCUGUUGGAGACAAGAAGGCUUCUCGGUCUUCCUGGAAGGAGCGCGGUGUACGGGCGGGUGACGGAAGAGUUCGGGAAAAAGGGAACUCUUGACCGGGAGUAAGGGUGGAAUCGACCAUUUGACUUGUCUUGUCGGCAAUCGACAAUCGGCACUCGACUACGCGAAAGGAACUCCGGUAGUGUGGAGUGAACAAAGCGCCAUCUUGUCGUCGUGGUGGAUACAAAGGAACUUUAUUGAUAUCCUGAUUUUAUCAUAUUGCGAAUUUUUGGUUCCAAGUUUUUUUCCUGUUGUGAAAGUGAAUGAAAAGUUUCUGAAUGUUCUGUGUUGCGAGCUUGUAAGAGAAUUUGCCUAAUAUUUGUUGUACAAAGAUGUUGAAGUGCCAUAAGAAUGGAAAUACUCAGACCAACUUCUGUAGUUUGCUCCUAAAUUGAUGACAAAAACAGUGAUCCAAUCGAUUUUCGAAUUCACCCUUGGGGGAUUCUAGAAAAGUGAUAGUGCCGCUCUGAAGAUAAAGGCAAAAUAGUGAACGGAAUAGGCCUGGAUUACGCUGUCCCAUUAUACAACAGUUCCUGACGCAAUACGACUGGCGUAAUUAGGAUACGAUUGGAACUGAAUUGCUGACCAACCAGUCUACCUGCCGCACACAAGAUUAAUUUUUUAGUUGAAGUUAUGGUGCAACAAGGUCGACUGUUACUCCAAUAUAAUCACUGCUGGGGAUGCAAUCUUGCAGUUGAAUAUUUUCAAAUUGUUUUAAAUUUGAGGAAAUCCAUUCGAUAUUAGUUUGUGAUUAGUUUAUUAAUUUUAUGUUGUGUUUCUGUGAUACGAUGAGUGCCGUAGUUCAAUAAAAUUGAAGGAAAAGGGUGUGUUGAGGGCGGUGUUUGAAGUGUAGUGAAUUUGUUCAAGUUGUUUGUUGAGCAUUUGUAUAUUCGAUGCAACCGAGGUGCGACAGCAUGAAUAGGAGCAAGGAGGAUAUUUCUGCAGCAAGUAAAUUCGAGGAGUAUCGACGUGCUGCCAAUUUGAGCCAUGAUCGUGCAGAGAAUUUUCGAAGGAGUAUGGUAUGCAUACAGGACGAGUUGAAUCAAAUGGGCCUAGGACAGACAGACUUGCCGUUUCCGAACAGCGAUCAUCAUCACCAUCAUCAGAUAACAGAUAGUAGUACCGAGAACACAUGUCAGAACGGAUGGCCUCCGAAUCCAGGAAAUUUCGUACAUCCUGAUAAGCCGAUUGGUUGGAUGCACGGUCUAUUGGGCUGUAUGAAACCUGUCCUGUCCUUUAUCGGAAAAGCAGGCGUUAUCGAUAUUAAACAUAAACAAACCGAAGAUUGGGAAAUUCCCUACGAAUCAAUCACAAAAAUGGAAUAUAUUGGAAGUGGUGCACAAGGAACUGUUUUCAGUGGAGAGCUGAAUAAUGAAAUUGUGGCUGUUAAAAAAGUUCGAGACUUCAAAGACACGGAUAUCAAACAUCUGCGAAAAUUGGAUCACGAGAAUAUCAUAAAGUUCAAAGGAGUGUGCACCCAGGCGCCGGUAUUCUGCAUUAUAAUGGAGUUUUGCCCCUACGGGCCGCUACAAAACAUCCUGAAGGAAGAGGAAGUCGUGUUGCCAUCGCGUCUCGUCUCCUGGGCGAAGCAAAUAGCGCUUGGCAUGCAAUAUCUUCAUUCGCACAAAAUCAUCCAUCGAGACCUGAAAAGCCCCAACAUACUCAUCGGUGCCCACGAAGUGGUCAAAAUCAGUGAUUUUGGUACAAGUCGCGAAUGGAAUGAGAUAAGUACGAAAAUGAGUUUCGCUGGGACAGUGUCCUGGAUGGCUCCCGAGGUAAUACGACACGAGCCGUGCUCAGAAAAAGUGGAUAUCUGGUCAUACGGAGUGGUCCUCUGGGAAAUGUUAACUUGUGAGAUCCCCUACAAAGAUGUUCAAUCAUCAGCAGUCAUUUGGGGUGUUGGCAACAAUUCCCUGCAAUUACCGAUUCCAUCUACCUGUCCGGCUGGCUUCAAGCUAUUGGUGCAACUAUGCUGGAGUAUAAAACCACGUAACCGUCCAUCCUUCAGCAUUAUCCUGAAUCAUUUAGAGAUUGCCGGCCCGGAAUUGCUGAAGCAAAGUGAAAAGGAGUUUUUCGAAACCCAGAGAUCGUGGAAGCAGGAGAUUCGAUCGCAUAUGAAGCAGAUCACUCAGAAUGGUACAAGUAUUCAUAAGUAUGAACAGGACUUAAUAAAGAGGCGCCAAGCUGAAUGGCAACAUGCUCAGGAUAUUCGUAUUGUUUACGAACAAAAGUUAGAUAAGACGAAUAAACUCUACAGGGAGUUGACUGAGUGUAAAGCUCAGUUGGAGGAAAAGGAGAAGGAGAUUGCCGAACGCGAAAAGAAACUGCCAGGUUACAAACCAAACCGACGAUUUGGUACCACUUUGAAAAACAUUAAGUACUAUAGGCGUAGGUUGAAUAACUCUUCUACAAUUGUAUUACCCGACUACCAGUCCUCGACGCCAAGCCCCGAAAGUACCCCAGAGAGCCCGGUCAAAGCCACCCUAUAUGCUCAACUAGAUGGUUCGUCACAACCAAAAUCCGUCGUUGUUGUUCCACAAAAGCCAAAAAAGCAUAGACAUCGACGAGUUGGCUCUGGUUCGUUUGCAUCGCCUAAAUCCAGUCCUAAUCGCGAGCGGCGUUAUCAAAGCGAACCGGAAAAUCGAAAGGUUAAGCUUGUUGAUAAUGAAACACAAACAGAUGCCAUGGACAUUAGUGAAACGGAUGCGAGCCCAAGCCCGUUUUGUGCUUCACGAGAAUUGUCAUUUAGCCUUAAAGCCGCAGCCGCUGCCGUUGCGGCAACCACAACAGCACCAACUGAAUCACGUGUACCUAAUUACGGGGAAACCGUAAAACAGAUUGCCGAGCCUCAAAGACCGUCUGAUCUCAAUGUUCGUCAACAGAGUCCUUCUAGUCCUAAUGGAAAUUCCAAUGAGAUGAGCACCAGCGAUAUUACCUAUCAGGAUGCUUGCUCAUCGAGUCCUGACCAGUUUCUCGACGAUGCCAUGAACAGCAAUGAACGGCUCGAUUUUCGGGACUGCAGCGAUGAUGACAAUUUGGAGCGUUUGGGGAGGAAAGUGAGCGAGUUGAUAACGAAGCAAUCAACCACUCUUGUUGGGGAGAACGGGAAUGACACGGAGGUGGUUGUUAGUGAUGUGAUUUUCUCGCCAAGUGGCAAGAGACGCGUCGGGGCUAACGAGAAUAUCAUUGUCCGCCAUGCAGUUAUAAGGACCUCAGGGGGGCACGCGAAAGGACGACGUGCUGAUUUGGGGGGUGAUAUCAGUAAUGAAUCUCAGGAGGAUCGAUGUGACGAUAGCUGGUCAGAUGAGGAGGGUGAAGAUACAGAUUACAACUAUUCAUUAAGGAGGAAGAGUAUCGGACGACUGCCUAUUGGUCGUGGAAUGCGCUCUCGUCGCUUAUACAAAGGACCUGUAUCAUCACCCAUUGCCAACAAUCCGCGCCGCUCUGUUAUAAUUUCAGAUGAGGAAAAUACCUCAGAAUGCAGUCAUUCACCAUCUAGCCAGCAUUCGACGUUGGAAAGUAAUCCUGAUAUGCAGAAAGUAUUGAAGAAGAUGAAGAAGAUGACGGACAGUGAUGAACAGGAGGAAGUUAGCGAGUCGGAGUCAGAUGAUCCUAGCCAGAGCACAAUAGCUACUCAAAUGCAAUGCCAAAAUAAUGAGAUUCUAGUAACGGCCGGAAAUAGAGUUUAAGUUAAAUAGUAUUAAGUGAAGAAGUUACAAAAAAAAAAGAUUUUAGUUGAAACGAAAACGAUAUUAAAACUCUCAACAUUCCGAAUUCUUGGUAAGCUUUAUCAACGAAUUAUGUAAUUACGCGUAUGCAUUCCAUCAUGGGAAGACAAUGAAACAUUCCUGUUGAACUCAAUUCGCUGUUAACUAUCGUAAGUUAAGAUAGAAAAUAUUUCUAAAUUAAGGAGUAAAGUUGUGCAAAUUGUGCUGUCGGGAUUUCUCGUCGUAAGGGUUUGAAAUAUUCUGAUGAAACUGCCUGUGUAGGGGUUGAAGCAUGUUUAAUUCGAUUAGGGCCUAAUCCGCAAACCCAGUUAUGGCCUAUUCCACAGAUACAAUAUAAAUUCAAUUUAAGAUUGCAGAAAAGUUGAAGAUAGGAAGUAGCUGCCAAUGCAGCCUUACAAUGUACUCAAUAGUUGGAGACGUAAAAUGAAGGCUUCACGAGAAUCUGUUCGUCACUAGGAUUUCAAACCCAACUGCAGACUCCUGCUCUCCAGAUAACGACAAAAUCCCGACAUAAUCGAUCACAAUAACAAUUCAUUUACAGAGUUAAGAUAAAAGAUAUUUGUUCAUAUUCUCUUCUUGUUUGAUUUUGCUUAUUCCGCUCAAGCUUAAUUCAACCACAAGAGUAAAAUGACGAAUAACAGAAUAGAAAACGAGACACAACAAAACAAAAUAGAAUUGAGAAUAAAAUAUUACAAAAAACAAAAUAAAUGCCUUGACGACUUAUUAAUUUUAAAAUUAACUUAAUACUUUUCAGAUUGAAAGGAACAAGACAAAAUAUAGAUGAAAUAAAUAAAUAUAAUGGAAAAUAAAUAAAAAUAAAAACAAAUGCAAAACAACGUUCUCUUUUUAAGUGAUACUAUUCUGUAGUGAAAUGAUAGUAAUUGUGAAAACGCUGUACAUAAAUACUAUGUAUGAUGAAAUAAGUUAAUUAUAAACGAUAAAAAAAUAUACAAAAUAAUGUGAAUGUUCUAUUUAUGUACUUAGAAUUAAACGUAGCUGAUGGUAAUUAUGAUAUUUAGCACAUAAUUAUUUUGAAAGAACUUGUACGAGAAAAAAAAAUAGAUACUUAUGGUUUAAGAACAUACAACAAUUAGUACUUAAGUUCAACCAAAAUUAAAAAAGAAAAUCGAUGCAAGUGCAUUCAAUAAAACGAAAUAUAAAUCAUAAAAA